CAGUAAUAAUAAUAAUAAAUUAAAUUAAUAAACAAAUAAGUUAAUAGAAAAUAAAAGGGGGGCGCAAAUAUAUAGUAAUAUCAUUUACAUGGGUACACAUAUGCGUCCUCCUUCACGUCAGGUCACCUCCAAGCAUAUGUAUAUGUGCAUGCCUGUCAACCCAUGUAGCUAUAUUUAGACAUGGCAUUUUAGCUCCACUUUAUCAUUGUGACAUUCUUAUCCCGGUUUAAUAGUUUUGUUGUGCCAUCUCUGAAUGCUACAUGUAGGAAAUGUUAUUGAAACUGACUCUGGAUGACUGUGAUAGUAUCAGAUUUGCUGCAUUCCUUUCUCCCUGUUUUCUGUCAACAGGAACUUGCUCUCUUUAAAUCUUGGAAAUGAAAGAAACAUUCCCACAGUGUGCCCCUCAGGCUGCAUAGUGGGCCUGCCUCAGGAUGUGAAGAUGCCACAUUCUCUCAACUCCUUUUCGACGGAAACUCUCAUCUCGAUAUCCUCCCCUUUGGAUUCCCUCUCUACCGCCGUAUGGCCUACAGAGCCGUACGAGGCACACAGCUUUAUCGCCAACAUCAGCAACGUCAGCAGGUCAUCCCUCCUUCGCUGCACCUAUAAGGAAGACUUUAAACGUAUUUUACUACCUGGUGUGUACAUUUUAGUCUUCCUGCUCGGACUUCCUCUCAAUGCUACUGUCAUACUAAAGAUAUGGAGGACUCGGCCCAAUCUGUCCAAAAGCAACAUCUAUAUGCUCAACUUGGCCAUAGCCGACCUCCUGUAUGUGAUGUCACUUCCCUUGCUCAUCUACAACUACGCCAGUCAUGACUACUGGCCCUUUGGGGAGUUUGCCUGUAAAAUGGUCAGGUUUCAGUUCUACAGUAACCUGCAUGGCAGCAUCCUCUUCCUCACCUGCAUCAGCGUGCAGCGCUACGUGGGCAUUUGCCAUCCUAUGGCGAUGUGGCAGAAGCAAGGUGGUCGCAGGUUGGCGUGGUGCGUCUGCGGAGGGGUGUGGCUGGUGGUCUGCCUACUGUGCGCGCCAACUUUUUACUUCGCCGCGACGGGAAUCCAGCGAAACCGCACAGUGUGUUACGAUUUAAGCACGCCAAAGAGGUCGUUAGAUUACUAUCCCUACGGCAUGGCUCUGACCUGCCUCGGCUUCCUGGUGCCUUUCGUGGGCGUGAUGGUGUGCUACUGUCGGAUGGCCCACAUCCUCUGCCGCCCGGUGACCUACCAGGGUGUCUCCAUAGGGACUGGGGAGAAACGGGAGAAGGCGGUGAGGAUGAUCAUUGUGAUAGCGGCGGUGUUCUGCAUCAGCUUCCUGCCGUUUCACCUCACCAAGACGUUGUACCUGGUGGUGCGUACUCUUCCUAAUGCGCCCUGCGAGACUAGAAACUUGUUUUCGAUCAUCUAUAAAUGCACCAGGCCGUUUGCAAGCAUGAACAGCUUUCUGGACCCGAUUCUGUUUUACUUCACUCAGCCACGCUACCGCCGGAGCACCAGAAGGUUUAUGCUCAGAGUCACCACCCUCAGGGACAAGGGCACCAGUGUGUGAGCCAACAGGAGAGCAUAUACUGCAACAGUAUUCCUUAAAGCAAAGGAGGAUGCAAAGUAGUACAUGAUUGCUGAGUUUCCUCUUGAUUUAUGCUUUUACCUACUACUCACUGCAACGAACAACCGUACCUUUCUAAGAGGGUCUAAGAAAGAUUUAGAGGUACUGACAUAUCAAGAAAGACUUCUGAAAUGCAAAAAUGAAGGUUGUAAUCUUUCAUCAUUGUAAGAUGAAAGGUAAACAUAGACUGAGAAAACUAGGAGGAGAAAUUCUGAGAGCUAAUCUUGAAUUGACAUUAACCAUCACAGUGUAUUUCUCAUUGAGAUUCCAGAUUCUGUUUUGUCUUUAUUUCAUUAUUACUGUAGCUGAGGAGUGCUGUACAUGUGCUAUACCUACCGUCAGUAGACCGGGGCAUUCACAUCCUGCAUUGUCCCUUUUAUCUGUGAAAUGUUUACUUUCAGUCUCCGAUGUGUGCUGGGCAGUAAAAGAGAAACUUUAUCUACUUUUUUUUGUAAAUAAUCCUAUUUGUUUGACACUGUGAACCACGAUAUAAAUAUAAUGAUAAUCCUCUAACAUGAUAAAAUAAUGAGGCCUCCGCAGUCUAUAUAGAACUAGAGGUGAAAUGUGUGUGAUGUGGAGGAGGUGGUAAAAGAAAUGGUGAAAGAGAAGGAAAGAUAAAUACAUUUAUUUUUUGGGGGAUGAAAUCCACCAUGGCUCAAAGCCAUGUAAAAUGCUCAAAGUGAUUGUAAAUGUUUAUAACUGCUUGUUAGAAUUGCAUGAAGCACUUGGGUGGGGAAAUGUGCAUCUUUAUAUGGAGUGUUACACUUUCAUAUUCUGCUGUUUCUUUCCUAAAAGUUGUAAGACUUGUUGUUGCACGCUUUCACCACUGGAUGGUGUGUGCACUCCACUGCUGUAACGACGCUGCACUGAAAUGCUGGCUCUAUACUUUCUAAAAAUGGUUAUUAGGAUAAGAUCUUAGCUACUAUAAUCGGAGAUAAACCGAUGCCAACAAAACUUAAAUAUCCAGCUUAUAGCACACUAAAACAGGCCAUCAGUCUACAGUUUUCUUCACGUCCCAACACAUUUAAAAUUUGUUAUCAGAUGCAUUUGAUGCUUAGAAGGAAGGAAAAAUGCAAUUUAUGGACUUGAGGGUCUAAAUUAAGGCUCAACCCUGCAAUUUUACCACUUCCUGUUAGUGUGUGAACCCUUCCCAUGAAAUUAGGAUUUCUGUUCCAUGAAAUCACCUCUGCUGAUGGACGUUGGGUAUUAUUAGAGACGAUAGAAUAAAGAAUGAAUAAUAGGGCAUAGAGCCAUUAAUGAAAAUGAGCUCUGUACACUUAAAGAGGAGCUCUAGUGUGAAUUGUUUAGUACUUAGUACUGUUUUAAUAGCUUUAACUGGACACAAUACAGUCUAAAUGUGUACAGUCCAUACCUUAAACUUCCUUCUACUAUGUCCUGUGGAGUUAUACCAAGUAACUGAGUUACUGAGUUCAUGAAAUGAACAUAAAUACAGAUUGUGUUGUAGUUGGUUGUAACUGCAUUUUGCUGUAGCUUAAUGUUAAUUUAACUUAAUUCAAAUUUUAACGUUUUAAGUAAUUUAGUGUAUAUUAAUCCUCAACUUGCACUAAACUCUCCCAGCCUUAAGAUCAGGAGCUCGUGUGGCUCUCUCUGAUUUGACAAUUUGAUAUCAUAAUUGAACUGAAAUUACUAGAAUAAUCCUUCAUUCUGAUUUGUAAAUAAAUGUGAUUUGAAUUGCUCUGAAGCCACUGUAACAGAAAACCUUGUUCAACUUUGAAAACACUUGGUUUUGCACCCAUGAGGGAAGACGUGUUGUGUAUAUUGGUUUAAUGUGAAUAUGUCAUUUUCAUGCAUUUUAAAUGCAUGGAUCAUUUUGACCACAAUAUAUGUGCUUAAAAAUGUUGAGAACUUCCUAAUAUACGUAUGUGUCCAAUGUAGUAAUAUACUGUAUGUUGUGCUCCUGGCUUCAGCAAAAAAAAAGUGAAUGUGUAGUUGUUUAUGUGUCUGUUUGGUGUAAUAUUUGCAAUGUCUGAUUUUUUUCUCUCAGAAAUGUGUGUGUGUUUGGUCCGUUCAGAGAGAUUCAGAUGACUGUCAGAUCCACUGUGCCAACAUAUUUGUGUCAAUCAGUAUUAUUUAGAAGAAUUCCUAUUUUUGUAAAAUACUGUACCACAGAGUAGUAUCAGGAAUAUUAUUUUAUUUUUGUUACAUAGAUAUAAUUAUGUUGAUGAAAUUAACAUUUAUCUUUGUAUAUAUUUUUUAGUUUGUUUAUUUUCUUACCACCGUGCAGCCCCCUUGAGCUGCUCGUGUAAAUGUUUUUUGAUGUAAUGUAAUUGUUAUGAUGUUAAUGUAACUGAAAACAGCCAUUAAAAACCAUCACGCAGCCUUA